AUGGCAGUCAAUCCCUACGAGGCAGACCCCAAAAAGGUACCGGAGAAUGACCCCUACCUCGCGCGUAGUCCGCACUACGGUCGCUACACUCCCCGCCCUGACGAUUUCACCCCUCGCUACAAUUACUGGUACGGAUCCGAGCCGGAGUCAGUACCUUACUGGAAGGAGGUAUUGGAGCAGUAUUGUACGCCCGAGAAUUUUCUGAACGAGUUCGGGACAAGGGCUGCCUUCGCCGCAGGCAAAGUCAUCAUCCGGGUAGACCAGGAGGCGUCGGACGGGCCUGCUGCGGAGAGAUACUCUUUCCUGAAUGCGAACGAGCUAUGUGCAGCGAGGAAGGCAGAAGAUGUCCUGAAGGACCUGAAUGUCGCCGUGCCGACGAUACUCUUCUGUGGGACCAUUGACGGGAAAAAUGUGACGGUGGAGUCUCGAAUACCGGGCGUGUCCCUGGAGGUGGCAUGGAGAUAUCUACCCGAGAAGGAGCGACAGAAUCUCAAGCUGCAGUGUCGCCAGAUCCUACAACGUCUUGCGUCCGCCGAUAAAUCUCCCGAUGCUCCUUCGUACGUCUGUCAAGGUCUCAACACAGUAUCGCAACCAGAUAUGCAAGAGCUCGAGCGAGAGAUCCUCUUUGCGAAGAAGGAAGAUGGGGAGAACCUGUGUCUAGUGCACAAUGAUAUGACACGAUCCAAUAUUAUAGUCAACAAUGGUCGAGUAGUGGGGAUCCUGGGCUGGCGUCGAAGCGGUUUCUUCGGGAUUAACAGAGCAAAACGCGUCCAUCGUCAACUGCGAACACCAGAACGGUCCUACCUAGCGACUCCUGGGGAAGAGUCGGCAGAAGAGCAGGCAUGGGCUGAUCUUUAUGACGAACUGGAAAGCAUCAGAGAGCCUACAGCAGCAGACGGCCAAGAAGACUUGGGACCGAAAGUGAAAACCGAACCAUCAGCAACAAGCCUAGAUAAAGUCCCCAUGAGCUCUACUGAGGGCGUCACUACCCAUCUCGGCCAGCUGGACGGGAGUGACCUUCCCGAUGAACACCCAACGCCGAAAAAGAUCAGCGACCUUAAGAAGGGUGGAUCGAUGUCGCGGGCGUCGUCUUCCGAGAGAUCGUCGCCAUCGGCUCCAUCGAAGCUCGGACCCGGUGGAAGGAAGUCGUCAGCAUCGACGAAGAAAGGCACGGCAACCAAGAAGACCGCGCCGAAGAAACGUAAAGUGGACAACCUCGAUGCUGAUAGUGUCGAUGGUCGUUCUAAUACGCCGUCGUCUCGGGCGAGCAAGGAUCCUGCAGGCAAGAAACAAGGAUCUGCCUCUGUGGCAGGGUCUCCAGCCCCUGAUAAUAAGCCCGAAAAUAAGAGAGGUGGUAGGAAGAAGUCUGCCAAGAACGCGCCGGAGGGAGAGGCAGCAGAAGAGGAUAGCGAUGUGAACGCAGACGAGGUUUUCUGCAUCUGUCGCAAGCCCGACAACCAUACAUGGAUGAUCGGGUGUGAUGGUGGUUGUGAGGACUGGUUCCAUGGGAAGUGUGUGAAUAUUGACCCGCAAGACGCAGACUUGAUCGACAAGUAUAUUUGUCCAAACUGUCAGGCGGCAGGAAAGGGCAAGACAACAUGGAAACCAAUGUGUCGAUUAAAAGGCUGCAGGAAACCGGCCCGUCUGAGAAAGAAAAACCCGAGCAAGUAUUGUUCGGACGAACACGGGCGUGAAUUCUUUCGACGCAUGACCCAGCAUCUGAAUUUGAAGAGCUCUUCGUCUGGCCAACAGUCUGGUCCUAAUGGUCGUCGCGGAACGACAAAGGAUCACCACAGGGAUAGCCACAGUGUCGAGGGCGAUGUUGAUUCUAACAUGGAGGACGGAGCAGCCACCAACGACGAGGAAGAGGAUGACAAGGAGAAUCUCGAGGAUCUCGGCAGCCGAGGCGGCGUUUUGACUGCGGGGGACUUGAAGGCCGCCAUCAUGGGCGUCUCUUCCGCAGAGGAAUUUCGCAGGUUGGGAGAUCGCUUGGUGUCACCUCCGCCGCCGCCUCCGCCGCCACCAGCAGGGGAGGCCAAUGGCAACAACCAACAGAACAAUGCGCACAGUAACAAGAUGGGCCUGGACUUCCACCCUCCGAACCUGACAUAUUCCCUGGACGAGGAGGCGAAACUGCAGAAGCUCCGAAAGCAGCGCGACGACCUGCUCUAUCGCAGGGAGAUGCUACGGGCGCGGAACCAGUUCCUCGCGCUGGUGCGACAGCGGGCAAAGAACGUGCUGGAGCGGCUGAAGCAGACAGACCCGAAGGGCGGCUGGAAGGACAUCUGCGGGUUCGAUUCGCGGCUGUCGUGGAACGACGACGAGUUCGACGAGUGGCGGCUCUCAGAAGCGGGGAAGAAGGCGUUGCAAGAGGGAAAUCUGGAGCCAGAGCCAGUGGACAAUGGUGCUGCCACUGCCACUGACGCCGACGGCGAUCACCAGAUGGCUGACGCAGACGCCAAUGAUGGCGACGACCACGACUUCGAGGCCUUUGCGCGGGGGGUCUGUCUGAAGAAGCGCUGCGAGCGGCACAAGCAGUGGGUGAAGGUGCACCAGCAAGACGUCUUGUUCGAGGAGAGCAUGGUGCAGCAGGAUCUACGGAAGUGCGAGCGCGAGGCCGAGGCAGUCGUUGAGCGGGCUGUUUUGCGUAUGUGGGCUGAGAGGGAGUCUGAGCAGCAAACAGUUGAGUGA